CAGUCCGAGCCUCAGCACUUUUCUUCGCUUUGCAUUGUCCUGCUGAGCUAGCUGUGUCCAUUCGCCCGUCAAAGACCGCCUCGUCGACUUUGUCCAUCCUCUCGCAGCCUUCGUCCAGCAUGAACAUCUACGUGUCGUGGCUUCUGACUGGCCUCUAUUACCUCAUAUAUCCCGUCUACUUUCUACUGUCCUUCGUUGCUUUGUGCCUCAAAGCCCUGCUCUCGCCAAUCACGAGUGCUCUGCUCUUCUUGCUCCAACCCGUCGUCCUCUUUGGUCAAUUGCUUGCGUACUGCACUUUUGCUCCAUUUCGUUUCUUGCAGAGAUUCGAGACAAUCUACAUCUAUCUUGGUGUCGCCUCUAUCACCGGUCUAUCUUGUGGCUUGCUCUUGCAUUUCGUGUACUCUUUCCUGUAUUCGAACCUACACCUAGCUCCAGAGCCUGUCAUUCGGGGCCCUACUUCGAAACAAUAUCGUGCUUCACGAAGACGCAAAGACAUGUAUCAGUCCGAAGCUAUGCUCUCGCCUACCUUGUCUAUGAGCAGUGUGCUCGACACGCCAGGCGCAGGCAGAUAUGGUUUGCUGGCUCAAACAAUUCACGAAGAGGACUCUGAUUUCUGAGACUUGAUCCAAGCAGGAACUGAGUGUCCAUUCCUACCUUUGAUAACCGAUAAUGCAGUCAGUUAUAGUUUACAAACCAAGACGGGGUCGCUUACCACCGCCAGAUUGACGGUCGUCACGCAUGCGCUUCCGGCCCAUCUCUUCUCUCAUGAUGCGCUCUGCUGCGCUCAUUUUCUUGGGUUCCU